AUGAACAAAGGCAUCCCAGCUCGCGUUGUUGCCAAGAUCUACAACCCGCUCUACUACCCUUUCCUGGGCUGUGCUCUCCCGUAUGCCAGCGAUGUUGUCACGCAGGCGGACAUUGAUCUCAGCAGGGAGGCCGCCGUCGUCGUCUACCAGCACUUCAAGACGAUGGGGACGGACGGCCAAUUCGCACCAAAGUACUACGGCGCCUGCACGAUGCCCAUGCGCAGCCACAUCGCGGGCAAGUAUAGACCCGUGUGCCUCAUUCUCCUGUGGUACACUGACGGCUCGACGAUGCGUGCAUUGUGUACCGUGCCGUACAACCGCAUCCCUGCGCUUGUCCCGGGCCCUCAUGCGAUAAACGAUACCCAGCGCAUGCUAGUCAUGAAAGAACUUUUUGACAUGGAGUCAAAAAAAUGCGACACACUGGAGUCGUUUACGGUAACAUCAUGCCCGAGCACGUCAUGA